CUUUCAAAUAUCUUUUAAAAUACCUAAGUCCGUUCACAAAUUCAAUAUCACUCUUCAUCACUUGUCCAAUUCCCUUCGCUACACUAACACAACAAGUCUUAAUUUGCCUCUCUCUAGUCUCACCCACUAUGGAUAAAUUUCAGAGAACUAAGAAAGUGUUGAUUUUUUCAAUGGUGGUAUUGGUUAUACUUCCAACUCUAGUUGCUUCCAAGUGCACAUGCGACGAAGAAGACGAAGAACGCGACAAAGGGAAAGCCCUAAGGUACAAAAUAGCAGCUUUGGUGUCAAUACUAAUAGCUAGUGCAAUUGGGGUGGUUAUUCCACUCCUUGGAAAGAUUAUACCCGCGUUGAGUCCCGAGAAGGACGUUUUCUUCUUCGUGAAGGCCUUCGCUGCGGGUGUGAUAUUAGCCACCGGCUUCAUUCACGUUCUACCAGAUGCCUUUGAAAACUUAACUUCGCCUUGUUUGAAAGAGCAUCCAUGGAGCGAUUUUCCCUUCACUGGCUUCGUGGCCAUGUGCACUGCCAUGGGGACCCUCAUGGUUGAGACUUAUGCCACUGCUUAUUUUCAAAAGCAAAACUUCAAAGGGACACGAGUUGUGGAGGAGGCCACUGAUGUCGAGAAGGAACAUGGCCAUGAAGGAAAUGUGCAUCUUCACACACAUGCAACUCAUGGUCAUGCACAUGGUCAUGUUUCUUCUCAUGAUCAUUCCUCCGAACUUCUUCGUCAUCGAGUCAUAUCACAGGUGUUGGAGCUUGGAAUUAUAGUUCAUUCUGUCAUCAUUGGAAUUUCUCUGGGAGCUUCAGAGAGUCCCAAAACAAUAAGACCACUGGUAGCUGCGUUGACUUUUCAUCAGUUCUUUGAGGGCAUGGGACUUGGAAGUUGUAUAUCUCAGGCAAAUUUCAAGAAGCUAUCUGUGACAAUAAUGGGAUUGUUCUUUGCUUUAACAACUCCUGUGGGGAUUGGAAUAGGCAUAGGGAUCACUAAUGUUUACGAUGAAAGCAGUCCAACUGCCCUAAUUGUGGAAGGAAUCUUCAAUGCAGCAUCUUCAGGGAUCUUAAUCUAUAUGGCUCUUGUUGAUCUUCUUGCAGCUGAUUUUAUGAAUCCAAGAAUGCAAAAAAGUGGUAGUCUCCGAUUAGGGGCCAAUAUCUCUCUUCUCUUUGGAGCUGGUUGUAUGUCUCUUUUAGCUAAAUGGGCUUAAGAAUGUGUUUUUUUCUUCUUCUUAUGUUGGAAUAAGAAAAUCUUAGUGGACUAUAAGAGAAAUGAA